AUGGCUAAGGUGACCAGGAAAACACAAACUCCGCCAGCUUCUAACGCAGUUACACCACAACCUACCUCAAGCACCAAGGGGAGAAAACACGCGAAGACAUCCUGUCAACCCAGGUCCAGAGACAGUGGCAAGGUGACCAAAACAACCAUGAGGGUGAAAAAACACCCUCGAAGGAACUUGACAAAAAAGGCCUCUCCCAAAACUUCCACCCCUUCAAGGAAAGAUAAAUCGAGAGAGUCAAAACACUUCGGCCACUACCGUAGACUGAAUCAAGUGCUGAAUCAAAAUGAGCCAGGGUGUGACCAAGAGACGGUGGAGAAACCCACCACUUCUCGUGCCUACCCGGGCAGUCAGUAA